AUGGCCCUCACGCAGAUCUACUGCUCAAACCAGUAUUCGAAGAGCACUAGGAGUACCGGUGAGCCAGACCUCACAGGGAGCUCUGGGUUGCCCCAGACUAGAACUGAGCCUGGCUCUGGUUUCAGUUGCAGGUGGCUGGCCCAGAAUGGGGAGUGGGCUUUUCCCGAGGUAAUGGGACUUCUCUUUGUCCUAACCAUCUGCAGUAUGAUUUCUCUCAAUUUCUCAGAUCCUGGUAUCUUGCAUCGAGGCGCCUUCAAGCAGGACCCUGAGGCAGCAUAUGUGGCCUUUCAAAUGCCCUGGUGCCCACAUUGUUCCUUCCACUGCCUUCCCUGGACCUUCCACUGCCCCUUAUGCAACAUCUAUGUGGAGGACUUUGACCACCACUGCAAGUGGGUCAAUAAUUGCAUCGGUCAUCACAACUUCCGCAUCUUCUUGCCACUGCUCAUAUCUUGCCUCUACCUGAGUGUCCUGCUGGCUACCUGCCUGAUAUUCCUCCUGCGCACGAGACACGGACCCUUCUCCCUGGACAAAGCCAUGGCCUUCAUCCUAGCUCUACCUUCCACCAGCCUCCUGCUGUCGCUCAUCCUGCUCCUGCUGAUCCAAGCUGCGUGGGUGAGCGCCGCCAGGCGCCCCUAAGAGGGCAAGGUAAGAUUCCUUCAGGGGGACAACUUCUUCUACCAGGGCUGUGCCAGCAACUGGUAUAUGACCAUUUGUGCACCGUUGGGAUCCAAGUACUUGUCAGAAGCUGUCUGGCUGCAGAGAGAGGAAGUAACCGAGUGGGAUUCCCUGCACGCUCUGUGCUUGCCAAGAUACUCCUCCCCACACCAUCCUACAGAGUUCCGUGGGCCCACAUCUCAAACUCUGGGUUUCUACACACAUGGGCAGGGCCCCCCAGGGAGUGGCAAGGCUGCAGCUUUCCAGGAAGUGAGGAGUAGCAGGUGUGCACUGGGAGAGGGGUGUCUGGGGGUUGCACAUGUGUUAGGGGAAGCCCCUGAAGAUGGGCUGGCCCUGAAACUGAAGCACUUAGAGUUUAAGAAGCAGGAUUAUGGACCUGGAGGGUGUGGGGUCCAGGUCACAAGACUUUACAGCACACCCAGGUGUCCCUGGAUAGACAGAGAGAAAAGACUGCACCGCUAA